AUGUCAUUCAAAUCAGCAACCAGAUUAUCAACUCGGCUCGCUUCUAGACGAGCAGCCACUACCAUCCAACCUGCUUCAAGACGACAUGCAUCUACUGAAUCAGCUAAGAAAAGUGGUGAUACUCAAUGGAUAAUUGGUUCGGCCGUUGUAUUCGGUUCAUUGGGCGCUUUCCUCCUCUACCCUUCCAGAGCUCAAGCUCAUUCAUUCGUUCAUGAUACCACACACGCAGCUACAAGAGCCGAAAUCAACGAUUCAGCUCCUACUGUCAGUCAAGGUGAACAAGUCAAUGCCACUGACUCGCUGAAAUACUCUCCUAAAUCCGAAAAGCCAGAAGACGCACACAAACAAUCUGUGAAAUCUGCCGCAGAUCUUCCAGUCAAGAAGGACGAAGCCAAGACUUUACCUUCCUACGCCAUUGAAAAUCCUGAUUUAAAACCUGAGAACAAAUCUGGAGGUUCAAACGCUAAUGAAACUGCCAAAAACCAACAUCAGUCAUCCGGAUCCGGAUCUGGAUCUAAAUCAGAGACGGAUUCAGAUAAUUCAUCUCAAGCUGAAUCCGCUAAUAAACAAUCUGGUUCAGGACAAGUCCAAGACUCACAUGAUGCUGGAAAAGAACAUGAACAUGGCUCUGCCAGUUCCAGUUUGAAAUCCGCUGGUUCUAGCUUGAAAUCCGCUGGAUCUUCAGUCGCUGGAUUCUUUGGCGGUUCAGGUUCAUCUAAAUCUAAAUCAGAAACAGAUUCAGAUAAUUCUAAACAAGCCGAAACUGCGAACAAACAAUCUGGUUCAGGUCAAGUUCAAGAUUCUCAUGGUGCAGGAAAAGAACAUGGUGAAGACGAUAACCCAGAACAAGCUUCAGGAAAAGAAAAUGGUGAACCUACUCAAAAAGAAAUCAAAGAUUCUAUUCUCAGAGCUGAGCGAACAAACACCCCUAAAGCAGCUAUGAGCGAAGAAGCAAAGGGUCACGACACCCAAGCUCAACAGUAA